CCACCAAUACCAGAUCGUUUGAGCGCUACGCCGGCAAAUAGAAGCUCAUCUGGAAGAAAAUAACGUUUUAAAAGGCAGCAUCAGCUUGUAGUGGAGCAAGAAUCUCGGCUCGGUCUCACAUCUGUGGAGUCUCUCUCUUUCUCGGCGCUCGUGCUGUUUUUGUCUGAUAUGGACACACCAGCGCAAGGAUACAUGGAUACCAAGCUGAGAACGCGCGUAGGCUCAAGCUGAUGGCGAUGGUGGGCACAUUCUGCUGGUGUAGUACAGUGCGAUAGCAUAGGAGGAGAAGGUUCGCAGGCCCGAAGCUAACUGAGAAAAAGACAAAGAGGAGAAAAGAGAAGAAGAAGGAGGAAAGAAGGGACCUUAACAAGUGGAGGGUUUUCUCUGUGUUUAACACGGGAGCGAGACAACUGUCUUCGGGCGCACCAGCCUCCGGGAGAGCUAGUGUCACCUCAGUUUUAGAUUUCGCGGAUUUUUUCGGUAGACAUGCGAAAAAACGGCACCUAGGGGUUUUUAUUUAUGGUUUUUAUUUGGGGUGGUGUCGAGUAGAAAGGACAAGAUGGCUGGAAUUUUGAGACCGGCUUUUUGGAUCCUUGCUUUUUUUGCCGCCUGGGUUGCUGUUGCUGAUGCUGUGGUUUGUAAUACGCAAAAAUGUAACUGCAAGGGCAUUAAAGGGCAGCCAGGAUUCCCGGGAAUAGCUGGACCCCAGGGACCCGAGGGAUCUCCUGGUGAUAUUGGACCGGAUGGACCGGACGGCCCCAAAGGAGAAAAAGGAGCCGAUGGAGAGCACGGAGGCACCGGCGAGAAGGGAUAUCGAGGAGAUGACGGUAUUCCGGGAUUCGUCGGGGCUCCGGGAAAGUCGGGACAUACAGGAAUCGCGGGGGUGAGAGGUCCCGAUGGUCUCGACGGGUGUAACGGUACCGAUGGUCGUGCAGGUCCACCAGGAAUACCAGGCUUGUACGGUCCGAGAGGAUUGCAAGGCCCUGAUGGAGACCCAGGUCCGAUUGGUGAACCUGGUGAAGGUGGAAUUAAUUCUAUUGGUGUAAAAGGAGACCGUGGUAACCUUGGAAUUGAUGGUCCUCAAGGAUUCGAUGGCGAAUUUGGAUAUCCCGGAGAAAUGGGAUACCCUGGAGAAACAGGAGAUAUGGGAUACCCAGGUCCUGCAGGUCUUCCAGGUCUUCGUGGUGACCAAGGUGACACAGUUUACGGAAUCAAGGGCCAGGUUGGAGAACAAGGAGACCGCGGAGAGCCCGGCCAGCCGACUUCUGAGCUGAAGAGAACUCAAAAUACGCUUCUGGUGAAAGGACCCAUGGGUCCCAAAGGUAUCCGCGGCGACUACGGCGACUGGGGAAGGAAAGGAGAGAUCGGAGAGCGAGGACUAACUGGACGACCUGGUUACGUUGGUGUGAAAGGAGUCAAAGGUGAGCAAGGUGACGAUGGACCGAGAGGUAAACAAGGAAUCCAAGGACCUUUGGGUCCCGCUGGAGAAAAAGGAGAGAAAGGAGCUCCAGGAUACGAAGGAAAACCUGGAGAAGAUGGAUGGGAUGGAGAACCUGGUGAACCAGGAAACAGAGGACCUCCCGGUAGACAAGGAGCUCCCGGAGAAAAAGGUCAAUACAUUCCCGAACUCGAUGAAAUAGUAGUAGGACCAAUUGGAAUUCAGGGAGAUCUAGGACCGCCUGGAGAACCAGGACACUCUGGAAGCGACGGAAAGCCUGGAUUAGUUGGAUACAUUGGUCCUCCAGGAUCUCCUGGGCCUAAAGGUGCUCCUGGUGAAUCUGGACCUAAAGGAUCUUCAAUUAAAGGCGAACAAGGAGAUGAUGGAUUACCCGGAACACUGGGUCCAAUGGGACCGAUAGGAAAACCGGGAUUACCAGGAAUCGUAGGAGCUAAAGGAUUCCCCGGAGUGACAAUAAUCGGUCCUCCAGGUCCUGACGGUCAGCCAGGAUUCGAUGGACUAAAUGGACCACCUGGUAAUCGAGGAGAUCCUGGACCACCUGGUGAAAAGGGAUUCCCCGGAAAAGGAGCAAAAAUUCAAGGCCCGCGCGGUGAAGAUGGUCUGCCAGGAACACCAGGAACCCCUGGACGAGAUGGUUGGCCAGGAGUUCCAGGUUUCAAGGGUGAAAAAGGAUUCCGAGGCGAUGAUUGUGGAGUUUGUGCUCCAGGCUUACCGGGGCAGAAAGGAGACAGAGGUGACUCUGGACUAAAUGGAUACCCCGGAGCUCCAGGAUUCGCAGGCCUUCCAGGGCCUCGAGGUCUUAAGGGCAAGCACGGAAGACCAGGAAGCGUUGGACCAAUGGGUCUUGAAGGUGAAAGCGGACGACCUGGAAUCUCUGGGCCUCAAGGACCCAAGGGAUUCCCCGGAUCCAUCAAAUGGCCUCCUCGUGGAAAGCUUGAUGCUCCUUCUGGAGAUCGCGGAGACAAAGGGUACCCUGGGUUUGAGGGCCUCCAAGGGCCACCUGGCGCUCCUGGUGAAAUAGGCGAUGCUGGUCCUGCAGGUCCUAAAGGAGAAAAGGGAGAGUUUGGAAUGCCUGGAAAACCUGGAAGAGAUGGAAGACCAGGCUUCGAUGGCUUGCCUGGAGAAAAAGGCGACGAUGCUGAUAUUCCUAAAGAAUACUUGCAAGGUGAUCCCGGAUUGGACGGAACUCCGGGUCCAAAAGGAGAAAGGGGAGAACCUGGAGCUCAGGGAGAGUCUGGAACGUCUACGGAGUACAAUAUUGAGAUUACCGGUGACAAAGGAGUCAAGGGAGAACGUGGUGGACCUGGUCAUCCAGGAAUGAAAGGAUAUCCAGGACGAACUGGAGAUGAAGGUUGGUUCGGAGCUCCAGGUUUGCCUGGGUCGCCAGGUAUUUCGAUUCAAGGUCUCGAAGGUUUGAAAGGGUAUGCUGGUAUGCCAGGAGACCAGGGUCCUCGAGGUUUUCUUGGUGAACCUGGUAAACAAGGUCCAGUUGGUUUUCUGGGACCACCAGGACAAAAAGGAGACCGUGGAGAUGCAGGAACAAACCAAUUGUACGGAGAUAUCGGUGAGCAAGGUUACCUAGGUGAGAAAGGUGACGAUGGAGACGAUGGAGCACCUGGUAAGCGUGGUCAGGAGGGCGAAAAUGGGCCAAAAGGUCUCAAAGGAUCUAAAGGUGCUCCUGGAUUCGAGGGACUACCUGGACUUCAGGGUGCAAAAGGAGUACGAGGAGACAGUAUUCAAGGAUUCCGUGGGUUCCCGGGUAGUCCUGGAAUACCUGGAAUCCCAGGUAUGCUCGGUAAUUUCGGUGUGAAAGGUCAAGAUGGGUCUCCUGGAUACCGAGGAAUCAAAGGAUUAAAAGGAGAGAUCGGAUUCCAUGGUCGUCAUGGUGAAGACGGUGACAUGGGACCUGAAGGUUACCCUGGAAUGGUUGGAAUGCCUGGACUCCCAGGUCGUCCAGGCGACGACGGAGACAUGGGCGAAAUCGGCGAGCCCGGGCCGCCAGGAUGGAUAGGCUUGGAUGGAAUCGACGGCAUGCCUGGAGCGAAGGGAGAAAUAGGUGACGAAGGAUUCCCAGGAUUGCCAGGGCCACCAGGUCCGAUUGGUCCUGUGGGUCCUAUCGGUGAUGUCGGGUUCGACGGAAUUCCCGGAGAGCCUGGAGAAAACUCGUUCAGCGGACCCCAGGGCGAAAUGGGUAACACUGGAGCUAAGGGAGAGAUCGGAGCUCCAGGGUUGCCUGGCUUCGACGGAAGACCUGGACUUCCUGGAGACAUCGGUCGCGAAGAAAUCGGCUUCGAUGGUUUGCCGGGAGAAAAGGGAGACCGAGGUUGGGACGGCGUCAACGGAAGACCUGGUCCCAAGGGAGAGAUUGGAGACAUUGGACCCGAUGGAGUCAAAGGAGAAAGGGGAGACUAUGGAUUGCAAGGACGACCUGGUACUCCGGGAAUCCCGGGAAGAGAUGGAGAGAAAGGAGAGAUUGGACCCAUGGGACCUGCUGGAUACAAUGGACCCAAAGGGACUCGUGGAUUGGAUGGUGAUCCCGGUGCUAUUGGACGACCAGGAAAGCCUGGAGAUGCUGGGCCUAGAGGAUUCUCUGGACUGCCAGGUCUUGAAGGGCCUAAAGGAGAAACGGGAGAACCUGGACUGCCUUCGUACGCUGAAGCUGAGAGGGGAGAUUGGGGUGAUGAUGGAUAUCGCGGGCUUAGGGGUAGAAAAGGUGAACUUGGUGAUAUGGGUCUUCCUGGUUUCCCUGGUCGUAAGGGAAUUACAGGUGACGAAGGUUUCCAAGGCCCUGAUGGUUACGCCGGCUUACCUGGGCUCCCAGGACUACCAGGAGAUCAAGGUCCAACUGGUCGACCAGGUCCUCCGGGAGAGUUCCCCGAGCCUGGAGAGCCAGGUAUGCCGGGACUGAACGGCAUGCCAAGCCUCCCAGGUCGUCCUGGCCAGAAAGGAGCGCCAGGAGAAUAUGGACCUGACGGACCCAAGGGAAUUCGCGGAGAGCCUGGAAGAAGUAUUCCUGGACCUAAAGGUGUGCAUGGAGAUCAAGGACCUCGUGGUUAUGAAGGACGCCCAGGAACUCCGGGUCCCAGAGGCCUCGCAGGCUUUCCUGGAGAACUUGGGCCCAAAGGAUUCCGCGGAGAGCCAGGGUACUCGAGCUACGCGCCAAAGGGUGAGACCGGAGAUGUUGGUUUCCAAGGUCGAGAUGGAAGACACGGCGCUAAAGGAGAAAUCGGUGGCUCUGGCAGAGAUGGAUCUCGCGGGUAUCCUGGCUUGAAGGGAGAACAAGGAGAACCUGGAUUCUCAGGUCUUCCUGGACUUCCUGGGGCCGAUGGACCUAAGGGACCCAAAGGUGACAGAGGGGUCAAUCGCUUCACGUUCUACAACACUAAAGGCGUCAUGGGUGAACCUGGUCUACCAGGACCUCCAGGAUUCCCUGGAAGCGAAGGAAUGAUGGGAAUGCCAGGACUAGACGGGCUUCCAGGUCUCGAAGGUGAACGUGGUGAUGACGGAGAAGUUGGACCCGCUGGUCCUGACGGCGAAGACGGUCGUCCUGGACGCCAGGGAGCUCCAGGUUCAGUUGGUCGUCAAGGACCACCUGGAUUCACUGGUCUGCCAGGAGACGACGCUCUUCCCGGACCUGGACCUAGAAGUCGAGGCUUCCACUUUGCACGGCACUCUCAGACAGAAAUGAUUCCUCAGUGUCCUCGUGGAACUACCAAACUUUGGGAUGGAUUCUCUUUGCUUCACAUUAUGGGUAAUGGUCAUCCUUGGGCUCAAGAUCUUGGAGCUGCUGGUAGUUGUGUCAGAAAAUUCUCAACAAUGCCUUUCUUAUUCUGUAAUUUGAACAACGUGUGUGAUUACGCGCAACGUAACGACUACAGUUACUGGUUAAGUUCAACAGAACCAAUGCCGAUGAUGAUGACACCAAUCCCUGCUCGAGAAUCCGGUCGGUAUAUUUCUAGAUGUUCGGUCUGCGAAGCUCCAACCCGCAUGAUAGCUGUUCACAGUCAGUCUAUGACAAUUCCAUCCUGUCCUGGAGGUUGGGACGAAGCUUGGAUCGGUUACAGUUUCCUUAUGCAUCGCGACGCUGGAGCUGCUGGAGGUGGUCAAUCUCUAAUCUCACCGGGAUCCUGCUUGGAGGAAUUCCGCACCCGUCCGUUUAUCGAGUGCCGUGGUUUAGGCACUUGUAAUUACUUCUCAACAGCGAUUUCAUACUGGCUGGCGACCAUAGAGGACCACGAGAUGUUCAGAAAGCCGCAACCGCAGACACUCAAGGCAGACCACACGUCCAGGGUAAGUAGGUGUGCUGUUUGUGUAAGACGACAAAUCACCGAGGAAAACGGAACCCGGCUGAAGCCUAUCACCACCAACGGAUCUCGCUACCCGCCUCAACAUUAUAAUCCUCAAAGAGUUCCCACAAUUGGUGGAGUUCAACCGAUUCAACCUCUUGCACCAGUUCAGCCUUAUGAUAACGCUCAGCGACGAAGACCUACUCAAGGAAGACCUUAUUACGAACGACCUCAAGGUUUUGAUCGAACUCAAGGAUUUGAUCGAACUCAAGGCUAUGAUCGAACUCAAGGAUUUGACCGAACUCAAAGUUUUGACCGAACUCAAGGCUAUGAUCGACCUCAAGGAUUUGAGCGAUCUCUGAGCUACCAGCGACCUCAAGGCUCCUACCGCAGAACUCAGCAGUUCCGAAGACCAGAGUAUCUUAAUGAGGUCAACAAUUGAUCGUCUAGUACUUUUCAGCAUCUUGUAGAGUACUCACAUCGAUUAUUUAAUUAAUUAUUAAUAGAUUAAUCUAUGUAUAUAAUUAUAAUAAUUAUUUAGCUGAUUUAAGUUAUGAUAAUACUGUUGGAUCCAUCAGGCACUGAUUUAUCAAGUGCUGUGCCAUAAUUAUUGUACCAUGUACAUUUAAAAAUUGCUAUUUCAAGUUUUAUAUUAUAAUUAUACUGCCAAAUAUAUUUUAAUAUAGUUUGCACUAAAUAUAUUUUUAACAUUA